AACCUCUGCACGCGGCUCUCAUCAGAUCUCUCAGAGCGAGCCGCGGCACGGUCGCUAUGACAAAGGGUGGCAUCACUGGGAACGUGUUGGAAGCACGGAUAGUGCGGCGCUCAUUGAUAUGACGCCAUUUUACUAACCUUUUCGUCGCGUACAACUACCAGUUUCUCCAAGUCGCUCGCAGUCGCCGAAACGUUUCGUACCGUGUGCCGCACGGCUGAUCUUAUCGUCGUAAGAACUACGCUCGGCCGCGACGGCCGAUUCGCGUUCUGCGAAAGUAAGUAGAUCGCUGUAACAGUUUGCACUAUUAUGGAAGAUGAGGAUGGAGAAAGUAAAGUAGAUAUGUGGAACAUUUUGGACAAGCAACGACUCAAUGAUUCCACAUUGGACAACCCAUUGAAACAUUCCAUUGACGAUGUAUACACUGCUGUAAUUGAAGAGGAGAAGCAGUUAAUACGCUAUAACUCGAUCAUAACGAAUGAUUCGCCAGGUAAAAAUACCGUUGCGGGGCCAAAUUUUGUAUUUAAGGGUUUCAAGAAGCGUAUCUUGGCCGAAGCUCGAGAAGUUCCUACCGCUGCAUCAAAGAACAAUACACCAGAGCUGCGACAAUUGACGCAUCUCAAUGCAAGGACUGGCAGAGACAAGAAGGUGGAGAGGAAGCGGAAGCGUAAGAUAACGGAAUACGCUCAAUAUCUGGGUCUUCGACCGUCCUCGAAGUACAAGUGCUCCAAGUGUCACGCAUGGUCUGGUUACGGUCCCAACUCGAGACAGAACUUGUGUGCUUGUAAUCCUAGUAUGACACCGAUGCCCAGUACCUCCGAGUCGAGUGCUUCGGUGCCGCACGCGAGCAAUUUUAAAAUCACGAGGAAGGUCUAUCUAUGCUCGGCGUGUGGCACAUAUUUCGAAAAUUGGAACUUGUUCUUACACAUGAGGGAUACACACAAGCGUCACAUAUGCCUCUACUGCCUGGGUAUGUUCGGCCAGGCGGAGAGGCUGUCGUAUCAUCUGAUGAAGAAGCACAGUGUUCCAGAGAUGGCGUUCUCCUCGGUAGAGGAUUUCUACAAUGCCUUCAAGGGUUCGUGCUACCUUAUCUGUUGCAGCUGCGAAAAAGUAUUCUCAGAGACCGAUGACUUCUUCAAUCACUUUUGCUCUCCAGUAUUGGAGCAGGACCCAACUGUUACUGUUGCGUCAAUGUGCACUAUAUGCAGACAAAGCGGAACACACGCGAGUACCUGUAAUGUUACGCUGUCAUUGGAUACGGAUAAGGAAGUGUGUAGCACAUCAACGCCACUGACAGUUGCCGAUACGACGUAUACAGACAAUUCAUCGCCGACAAUGGUUCCUCCAUCGGAAAUGGUUACAAAUCUCGGGGGUAAGGGACUGCCAAGAAAAGCGAUAAAAUACAACAGGAGAAAACGCGAAAGAGACGGUAUGCAAAAUUCUCGCCAACAAAAAUCAAGUACACUAAUGAAAAAGCUCAGUGCGAAAGUUCAGUGUAACGAAACUCAACUUGAUUGCGAUCUCGAUGUUCAAAGAGAAAUUGCAAAUAACUUACCCCGAGACACAGUUACCGAGACGAUAAUGGAAGUGUCCAGGUACACGGGCGGCAAUUCAUCUGAUGAAAAUGAUGAGAAUGAUGAGCAGGCGGUGAAUAAAGAUGUGCACAACAAUCGUGAUAGAGGGUCGGGAGGAAAAUCGCCGGUUCAGAAUUGUCAGCUUGAUUUCAGUGAACCUUAUGAUAGCGUAACCGAGACCAUCAUGGAAGUAUCACGUUACACGGGUGAAGAAGUUAAGAAUGAGAGAGAAGAUGUAACGUAUACUCCAAACGCAUGUGCGUCACAGACAGUUGAAAAAAUGAAUACCGAAGAUGAGGGAAUAUGCGACAAAAGCGAUGUUGAUCCGACACGCUCGGCCAGUUCGAGAACACCUAGUCCAGCACAAUUUGAUACCGAGGAAAUUACGACAGCGGAUACAAAAGCGAACACUAUGUGCGAGACUGGAACUAAAUACGACAGUCCGCAGAAUGCACGAAGUUGUAGUCCCUUCAAUCGAUCGUUAUUUAGUCCACAACACGAAUCGCACAUAUCGGACCCGCAGUCUAAAGAGAUAGAAAGUUUCGAGGAUAACGACAAGAAAGUGAAGAAACCUGUUGCGACAAACGCCACUGAAUCUCAAGCCUCGGUGUCAUUUAACGCCGUUGCUUCUUCCGAUAGGAGUUUGGUUAUUAAGAUUUGCAAUAGGAAUUCGCAGUUCAGCGUCGCAACAACCACCGUUAUGAGUAGGGAAUCCGAGGAAAACAACAACGCCGAAGGAUCGACAUCGAAGGAGAGGAUGCCAAACGGUUCAGAAACUGGGAGGGAAAUCAUUGAUGAUGAUCAAGCAAACGAGCUGGAUGAUAGUGAUUCUGACAGCGAUAAAUUGGCGGUAGUAGAUAGCAAUCCAGAAGAAGAUGAAGAAGUGGAAGAUGGCGAGGAAGGCGAAGCUGAUGAAACUGAAGAAAGACACAACGAAACGGAAGGCAAGGAUCAAAGGAAUCAAGAAGAAAAUGAUGAAGUUAAAACUGGAACAUAUACUGAUGAAUUAUUUUCUGUCACGGAAACGAUGCCGAUAAGCAACACCAGUGAAACAUCCGUCAACAACGCAGUUGUAAGUGUUGAGAACGAACACAUGAAAAGCCAUACGAUCGACAACGGUGGUAUCGUGUUAGCCGGCGAGGAUGUUCCAUGUAUUGACUUGAACGUCGAGGGCACUCUGGACAGCAUGGAGUUGGAGGACCUGUUGAAACGUUGCAUAGAGGCAGCCAGUCCCAUCUGCGUGUACUGCAAUCACGCACGGUACAUCGCGGUCAAUGGCAGACAACUGGGCCUGCACAUGCUGGCGGAGCACAAGUUUCAACCACAGCAUCCCGCGAUAAUCAUACACGCGGAGCAGUUCACUGCUAGGGUGAAGAGGUCCCUCGACGAACUCGAGUCUCGUUACUUCAACUUAGAUACGUAUAACAGCGCGGAUGGCACGUAUAAUGUGCCGAACGUAUUGAUAUAUGAGUGUUUUCAUUGUAGAUUUCAUUCGACAGUGCACAAGGAGCUUUAUUUGCAUAAUCGAAAGAUGCAUCAGAAGACCAUAUUGAUUUGCAUAAUGUGCAAAUCGACAUUCUACAGUUAUAGCGAGUUAGUGUGCCACUUGUGUCCUGGAAUUUAUUCGCCGAAUGUUAAUCUACGAUAUCGAUGUUGCCUCUGCUCUGUAGCGAAUCUGCCGUCGGCAUUUCGACUGAUGGUUCACGUGCGCAAACGUCACCAUGCCUGCGACGUCUGUCUGGAAUCUACAGGCAAUCAGCAGCGUCUUUCGAAUCACGUAUGGAAGCACAAGCUACAUCAUUUGUGUUACAGAUGCGGCAUCGCGUACCGUAAUAAACCGGAUAUCACGAAACAUCUAUUUUGGAAACACGGCACGGAGAGCGUUCUGUGUCGAAAAUGUCUGCAGAAGAAAUGGCCGCACAUAUAUCAUUUCUGUAUACCGCCUACAGCGUUUGUUUGCGAGGAAUGCGGCUUGAGUUUUGGACGCGCGGUAGCGCUCAAGGUGCAUAAAAGGCUGCACUCCGGCGAUUCACCAUAUGGCUGUGACGAGUGCGAACAGCGUUUCAUAUCGCGAAAGCUCCUAGCUAAGCAUCAAGCGGCUCACAGGGAACCUGAACCUGAGGAUGUCCAUGUGAAUGUGACGGAUGUAGUUAACACUUCACUAACGGACAAGGAUGAGAAAUCGGAUAGGAACACCUCCGUAAGCAUAACUGAUGGAGACCUGAUGACGGGAGUCGAGACUACGUCGAAGAACAUUAAAGAGGCUGUGAAAAAAGUAGUCGAUGUUUACGAUCUACCGCCGCUCAAUCUAUCAUCCGAAAGUGAUACUGAUAGCGAGGAGGAGAAACCCGCUUCCACGGAAAAACCACCGGAGAAAGAGAAUAUCGAUGAAGACGUAGCAAAGAAGAAUGAAACUAUUGAAACAAUCGCUGCCGAUGACGAUGACAGUGCUGUGUUGAACAAUGAUAUAGUUGAAGUGGAACGGAACGAGGAGGAGAAAAAACAGGAAGCGCGUAUUAUGGAUGGCAUUUGGGACAAUUUUAAAACGUACGCUGCCAGUUUGGACGUAGAGGAAUCCGCCAAGAAUGUCGCGUUGAAAGAGAGCGUACCUGAGACCGACGCGGCGUAUUUGAGAAGUAUCGUUUUUUCUGAUCAUGAUUAUUGUGUAGUAAAUUCGUCCGACAAAGAAAAGAAUGAAGAUCAAGUUACUUCUAAGGACAAUGACAUGAAAGCGAACGAUACCAAAUCUGAAAGAAGUCCGUCACCCGGUACUCCGAGUCGCAAUACUGGAGGCGACAGUGACGCGAACAAACGGAAGGUAAAAACUCCUAAGAAGAAGAAGCGGAGUGGCAGCACAUCAUCCACGAGCGACUCUUCGAGCGAUACCGACUCGAGCAGUUGUUCGUGUGGCACCAACUGUAGCUGCAGCAGCUCUUCGUCUGGCAGCUCCUCCAGUUCUAGCAGCAGUUCCGAUUCCGACAGCUCCGCGUCCGAGAGCUCGCCCAGAAAGCAAUCCAGCAAUCGUAAAGAUAGGAAUAAAAAGGAAAGAGAAGCUACGCGGGAGAAUAAGUCGCAGUCCGUUGAACCGGAGAACAAGCCGGAAGACAAGCUGGAAGACAAGCCGGAGAUUGCAAUAGAGAAUGGUCCUGUGCUCCCCGAGAUAACGAACGAGCCUUCUCCAGCGAAGCUUCUCUUGCGGGAAUCUGAUUUGGAAACUGAGGAAACCGAAACAGAUGAAGAUUUCUACGACGAGUACCCGCAGUUGCUCGCUAAUAAAUUGAUGGAGGAGAAGCGCAAUCAGUUGCUGCUACUGGCUACCGUAGCGCCAGCAUCGACGCCGACCUCCACGCCAACCUCGACGCCAACCUCGACAUUAAUGCCGGUGAUGGACCAAUCAUCGAUGCCACUAAAUAAUGGCGUUCUAGUCGCGGAAACGACACCAGAUCCGGUUACAAUGACUAUUGAGAAUCAACAACUGCAACAACAGCAGCAGCAGCAACAGCAGCAAAAAAAGAAAACGAAAACGAAGAAACGACGAAAGGGUGAGAGGGGCGGUAAGCGUAACGCGAUUACAACAGCCACCGUGGAAUCAAUCAAACUGAACAUUCCCAAGGCACUUUACCAGAAGAAUCCGGGAUUCGUUGCAUCGUCGCAAUCAACGCUGGUAUUACAUCCUAAUAGUAGAUCCUCGACGCCGAACCUAUUGCCAGUUGCAACAUGUAACGACUUCCACAGCGGCAAUGCUACGAGCAUUGCGAUAGAAAUGCAACAACAACAGCAGCAAGCAUCAUCGACUACCGCUGUCAUUGGUGUACCGAAUCAAAAUGUCGGUGGCAACGGCAGCACGGAGACGGAAAACAAGAGAGUUUCGAAGAGGAAACGCGUACCAAAGCGUUUUUACGGUGACUCGAGCGACGACGAACCACAAGAAAAACAGUCGUUCAACCGGUGGCGAAAAAUCGAGACAACCUCCACAAUCGCCACCACUAUCCCAGCUUUCACACCGCUGCCAUCCAUGACGACGAUGACGCCGACGAAUCCGAAACCGCUGGUGUCAAGAUUGUCCUUGAGCGGAAAGACUAUACAGACUUAUAGUAACAGGUCCGCUCAGGUGGAGCAGGCAGCGAGUCAGCAGCAAACUGCUCUACCUGAGGCAUCGCCAAUCGUCACAGCGACAUCCGCCACCGAGUCCGAGAGUAGUAGCGAUAGCAGCGAAUCUGAGACGGAGAAUAUCGUAAAUCAAUCGAAGAUUAACCAACCAACGAUACCACCUGUUAGCGCGCCGACGACGGAGCGACCCGGCAAGAUCUAUUGUUACUGUCAAUGUCCGUAUGAUGAGGUAUCAGAGAUGAUAGCCUGUGACGGUGAGGACUGCCGCAUCGAGUGGUUUCAUUUCGAAUGUGUUGGUAUAAUGGUACCGCCCAAGGGUAGGUGGUACUGCCCGGACUGCAGAAAGAAACACGGUAUUGUGCAAAAUGAUGAGUACUGCGAUUGAUAGUUGCCACGCGGGAUGUUAAUGACAACGGCAUGUUAUUACCAAAUUUGAGCGAUCAUUGCUUUUUAGGCGUAAUACUAGAAUUUUCCUCUUUUCUUUUUCACGAGCGUAUGAAAAGAAAAAAAAAUUGCUACACUGUUCCAUGUUGAUAUUUUUCUUAAGCCAAUACACAGAGUGUUUGUAUAUAUACUAUGUAAAUACGUCUUAGAAUUAUAAGAAUGAAAUGAGGUUUUUUGUGUACAUUUCUUUGUACUUCUUUUAACGACAGCGUCAUGUAUAAAUACAUAGCAUUGGUAGAUAGAUGAAUAAGUAGAUGAAUAGGUAGAUAAUAUCACUAACAAGGUAUCAUU